CGGCCAUUGCCUUUGCCACCACUCUCUUCUUCAGGCUUCAGCUAAAGAGAUGUUACGAGCACUUUUUUUUUCUUUUAUUCCCGAAAUACCCUUCUUUUCAUUUCUCACCUAAAUUCACCCCCAAAUUUGCAAAUUCAACGACUCGUGAGGACGACCUCGGCGAUGAUGGAGCGAACGUACGGCCGCCGCAAGCCGGGCAUGUCGAGGACCUUCUCCGACUCUCUAAACGACACCGUUUCGCAGGCGGAAUAUAUCUCUUCCUCUUCGUCGCCGGACAUCGAACCCCUUGAUCACUCUCUUCUUCCUUUCUCCAGUCAAGAGUCGUCCUCUCUCCGGCAUUCUUCUUCGAGGUCACUUUUCCAAGAGGGUUAUUCACGGAACGGAAGCGUACGGAGGGCGAAAAGAGUGAGGAACGGCGACGCUUUCGCUUUUACUUCCACGUUGCUUGAGGCGCAGGAGUUCGGAGAGCUGAUGGAGCACGAGGACGAGGUUUACUUUGCGCUUGGUGGGUUGAGGAAAGGAGAGCAGCUGAGGAUCAGAAGGGCCAGCUUGUUGUCUCUACUGUCGAUUUGCGAAUCUCAACACCAGCGCCGCUCCUUGAGGGCUCAGGGGAUUUCCCAAUCCAUAAUUGAUUCGAUUAUGAGUCUUAGCCUUGAUGACAUACCAAGCAAUCUUGCCGCAGCCACCCUUUUCUUUGUGCUAACUGCUGAAGGUCAAGACGAGUACUUUAUGGAGUCACACAGGUGCAUCAAGUUUCUGAUAAAGUUGUUGAAACCUGUGAUUGUCACUAGCACCCAAGGGAAGCCACACAACAUAGGAUUUAAGCUCAUAUCAUUACUUAAGGAUGUUGAUCCAGCACGGGAUACAGCGAAAAUGAAAGAUAAAAGCGCCAGUACUAUACUUAUGAGAGUCCAGAAACUUCUUGUUAGUUGCAAGGAAAUGCGAUCUACUGAUAGCUAUAAAACUGAAACAACGAGACCUGAUCUAAGUACGAAAUGGUUAGCUUUGUUGGCCAUGGAGAGGGCGUGCUUUACCAAAAUUUCUUUUGAUGAUGCUUCUGGCGCUGUGAAAAGGAGCUGUGGGAAUUUCAAAGAGAAACUGCGAGAACUAGGAGGACUUGAUGCAGUCCUUGAGGUUGCUAUGGACUGUCACAGUGUUAUGGAGCGCUGGGUGGAAUACGACGCACUGUCCUUCCAGGAUAAGAAAGAUAACCUGCAUAAGCAGAGUUUAAUGUUGCUUCUAAAGUGUCUGCAAAUCAUGGAGAAUGCUACGUUCCACAGCACAGACAACCAGAAUCAUUUGCUCGGAUUUAAGAAAUGUUUGGGUUCUCGUGAAUCUCGAAUUUCUUUCACAGAGCUCACGUUAAGUACCAUUAAGAUGCUCUCAGGUCUUCGGCUACGUGGAUGUAUUUCAAGUCCUCUCAGGAACAAUGUAAAUCCUCACUGCUCAAAUAGUGGUAUCUUGGGAGCAGACUAUAAAGUUAACAAUGAGGUCGUGACAAUCAGUUCAGAUACAUGCUCAACCCUUGGCUCUAUCUCCACGAGGAAUGGGAGUGUAUCACAGAGAAGUCAAUCAAUAAUCGAUUUAGAUUUCUCGCCGACAUCAAUGUCGGGUUCUCAAUCAAGUGUGUCAGGAAAUGAGCCCACUACGUCACCAACAAGAGCCAGUUCCACCAUCUCUGGUUCAUUCGCAGGCAGAUUGGCGUCAUUGGGUAGUGGCAUUGGCAGAAGUACUUCAAGGACUAGUCAAGUUGGAGAACCAAGUUGUAGAAGAAACGGAAAUUUUUCUACCCUAGAGGAAACCCAAGAUCCUUUUGCGUUUGUUUCGGAAGAUUCUGAACCUUCCAAGUGGGCAGUGGUAUCUGUAAAGCAAAAGAAAUCUGGAGCUCAAAAGAAGAAAGGAUGCUACAAACAAAGUAAAGAUGAACGAUUAAACCAUAGGUUGAGUUCCCAGGAAGAAUCAAGUGACAGAGGCUGCAGUAUAUCGCUGCAAGUAUCUUCUUCUACAAAUGACAUUGAUGAAGAAUGUCUGUGUCUCUUAUCUGAUUGCCUUCUAACAGCCGUAAAGGUUUUGAUGAACUUAACAAAUGAUAACGCCCUCGCUUGUCGCCAAGUUGGUGGGUGCGGAGGGCUGGAAAGCAUGGCUGAAUUAAUUGCCAGACACUUUCCGUCUUUCACCAGAUCUCCCCUUUUCAGUGAGAUGGAGAAGACGGGAUCCCAUCAGAAGAAAGACAAACAUCUUACAGAUCAGGAGUUAGAUUUUCUUGUUGCCAUCUUGGGUUUGCUGGUAAAUUUGGUUGAGAAAGACGGCGUGAACAGAUCACAGCUUGCUUCAGCGAGUUUUCCUAUUACAAAGCCAGAAGGGUUGCCAGAGAGUGAAGAGGAGAUGAUUCCUUUAUUAUGUUCAAUCUUUCUCACCAAUCAAAGAUCAUCAGACACCAAAGAGGAACCAACUACAUUCACCUUAGACGACGAAGAAGCUGUUUUAGAAGGCGAAAAGGAAGCUGAAAAGAUGAUUGUGGAGGCAUACUCUGCUCUACUGCUCGCCUUUCUUUCAACUGAAAGUAGAAGUAUACGCAACUCCAUCAAAGACUAUCUCCCGAAACGCAAUCUUGCAAUUCUUGUACCAGUCUUGGAGAGAUUUGUGGCAUUUCACGCGACUCUGAACAUGAUCCCUCCGGAGACACAUAAAGCAGUGAUGGAAGUAAUAGGAUCUUGCAAAUUACCGUAAAAAGGGAUACAAAAAGUCUUCAUUCUCCGUUUUUUUUUCUGUACAGCUUCUGCAAAAAAAACUUGGAAUGCUCUGGGGGUGAUCACUGACUCUGGUGAUGAGAGACAAUUAUAAUUCAUAAUGAUCAUGUUGAUGUUUGUUAUAAGGCUACAAUUAGUAUGUUAGAUCUCUCUUUUUAGAGUUUAUUUUACGUUUGUCUGUCUCGGCGUAGGGUUGUUUUAGUGGUCUUUCACUUAACACUCCAUUCUUUUGUAGUUUUCUCCAUACACUUAUAAUCAUAUAUAUACAAGUUUGCUUUCCAGACUCUUCUUUUUUAGUUUGCUACAUUAUAG